GUUAACAAUGGUUAGUUGGUAACAUGCAAGCAAUAUAAUCCCAACAACACAACCUCCACUUUUCAGUCCCCUCACUCCUAAAAGCUCCUCCUCUUCCCCCUCCUCCUCCUCCUCCACUCCCACUUCUCAAAAACUCUUAAACUUUCAAUGGAUCCGUGUCCCUUCGUACGGCUCAAUGUCGACUCUCUUGCUCUUAAGCUCCCCCACGCCACCAGACCCGCCGGUCCGGGAGUCCACUCCUCCACCACCCCUUGCUUCUGCCAGCUCAAGAUCAAAAACUUCCCUCCCCAAACCUCCAUUGUCAACCUCUCCACUUCCACCGGCGACUCCCCGCCGGAAUCCUCCACGUCCGCUCCCGGCUUCCACGUGGAUCCCACCAUGCUCAGGAGGCUGGCCGGGAAGACCGUCGCUCUCCGGGUCUCAGUUUAUACUGGUCGGAUGGGCCAGACGUGCGGCGUUACUAGUGGGAAGUUGCUCGGUCGAGUCCAACUUAACAUUGACUUGAACUCGGCCAAGGCCCACCCAACCGCGAUACACAGCGGGUGGGUGAAAUUAGGGAAGGACUGCGACAAGCCCUCCGCCAGGCUGCACUUGACGGUUCGAGCUGAACCAGACCCCCGGUUCGUUUUCCAAUUCGGAGGUGAGCCGGAGUGCAGCCCGGUGAUUUUUCAGAUUCAAGGGCGGGACAUACGACAGCCCGUUUUUAGCUGCAAGUUCAGUGCGGACCGUAACUCCAGAAACCGAUCUCUCCAAUCAGAUUAUACCACCAUUAACAAUAAUAGAGGAUGGAUGAGAACAUUAUCUGGUGAAAAGCCAUGGAGGGAAAGAAAGGGGUGGAUGAUAACAAUUCAUGACCUAUCCGGCUCGCCUGUGGCGGCCGCUUCCAUGAUCACUCCCUUUGUACCCUCUCCCGGCACUGACCGCGUAUCCAGGUCAAACCCUGGAGCGUGGCUCAUCCUCCGACCCCAUGGGUUCUCAAUCAGCAGUUGGAAGCCAUGGGGCCGUCUUGAGGCAUGGCGCGAGAGAGGGCCUAUUGAUGGCUUGGGGUACAAGUUUGAGCUUGUCACUGACAAUGGGCCUAGCAGCAGCAUUACCAUUGCCGAAGGUACAAUGAGCGUCAAAAAGGGCGGACAGUUUUGCAUCGACAGUAGGUUAAAUAGAGAUUCAGGUUUGAAAUCGAGGUCACCCGUGAAAGGUUUCGUGACGGGGUCAACCGUGGAAGGCGAAGGAAAGGUUAGCAAGCCGGUGGUACAAGUCGGAGUGCAGCAUGUAACUUGCACGGCUGAUGCUGCUCUUUUCGUCGCGCUUUCUGCCGCCAUUGAUCUCAGCAUGGACGCUUGCCGGCUGUUUUCUCAUAAACUCCGAAGGGAGCUCUGCCAUGAUGAGCAGAAUUGCUUCUCCUAAUUAAAACUGGUUUAAAUCUUAAUUUUCUUACUAAUUCAUCCUCUCUGCCGCUGUAACAACCAAUUAGUUUUUACUAAGUUUGAGCACUGAAAUAUGCAUUUUUUAUUUUUAUUUUUAAUUUCAUUUUUUCUCCACAUUCUUUGAUUUGAUUUUCCUGGUUUUGAUUCUGCCAGUGGUUUUGGUGUUGGUUACACCUUGUAAAUGUAUUAGGGAAAUUUAUAUAAUAUUACAUCGUUCUGUGACCUA